AUGAGGCAAGUGUUGGACCUUCUCCAGGACUCGACCAUUGCGCCGAAGGGUGGUAAGGAUAAACGGUCUCGUUUCUGGGAGGUGUACAAAAGAGUCGCAGAAGAACACGACGGUGAGUUCCUCGAGCGAUACACCACUGACAUGGACAUUGUCCUGAUCUUCUCUGGUCUUUUCUCUGCUGUCAGCACGUCUUUCAUCGUUGCGAUGGAAUCCAAUCUCAGUCCCGACCCCGGCGACACCACGAACGCACUUUUGAAGCAACUGGUGCAAAUUGGACUCGGCAACCUCGUCGAGGCGGGCUCCACGCCUGCAGACCCAGCAUCUACGUGGUUGCCGACCGCGCCGACUCUAUGGAUCCAAACGAUCGCAUAUGCAAGCUUGUCCAUGAGCUUGCUCGCUGCAUUCGGGGCCGUACUUGGCAAGCAGUGGCUUGGGUACUACAAGUCGAACAGAUACGGCCGCGGCUCGCAGGAGGAACGAGGCAAGAGAAGUUCGACGGUCUUGUCACAUGGUAUUUUGAUGCUGUCGUGCAAUCCUUUCCGGUCUUACUUCAGAUCUCCCUUCUUCUCUUUGGGAUCGCCCUCGGCGCCAAUCUGUGGUACGAGCAGCCGAGCAUCGCCUGGGUCAUCAUUGCAGCGACGGUCUUCGGAUUUCUGUUUUAUUCCCUGA